UAGCCAGCCCAGUAGUCGCGUGCGUUGUGUAGUGCCCUUUAUGGAUGGAACGAGCCGCCGAUUCGGACCCUUGUUGAAUUACGGCGAUUUAAAUGAAACUUUGAGACAAAAUAAGGCUGUCGUAUGUGCCAUAAGUGCUUCGUACAUAUCAACUUUUGCUGGUUAUCCCCUCGAUUCACUCAAGUCUCGUCUACAAACAUCCCGAAAUGCGAUCACAGUUCCUCGUAUGGCCCGUCAGGUCUUUCGAGAAGAAGGCAUAAGGGGAUUUUAUCGAGGGUUAUGGAUACCACUAUUCACGAUUUCGUUCGUCCGCGCUGCAUCUUUUACUAUUUAUAACGGCACGAAAGAUUUUCUCCGAUUUCAAGACCUUUUAUCGCGAGAUAAGCUCUUCGACGUAGCAUGUUUGGGAGGUCUGGGAGGUGCAACAGCUGGUGCACUCAUUUCUUUCGGCAGUGCACCGUUUGAAUUGGUGAAGGUUCGACGGCAGCUUGAGUACUCCAUCGCAGAAAGCAAAGGGAUCAAACUUGUGAAACCACCAACAACGACACAAGCAGUGAAAGAUAUAGUUCGGUCUAGCGGGUUAAGAGGGCUGUAUAUUGGGCUUCCCUUGCAUCUCUUACGAGAUACGUCCGGGACAGCGUUAUACUUCCUCGAAUACGAUGGUAUGCGUCAUUUAAUGGGUCGGUUACCUUCAGGCGAACAAGGUCCUACACCUACAUGGUUACCAAUGCCUGCAUCUAUCGUACCGUUCUUUUGUGGCUCGUUUUCUGGAGUUACAUCUUGGGCAUUGAUAUACCCUCUCGACGUCGUUAAAACGAAGGUACAAACACGUGCCCUAGCAGGGGAAAGGAAACGUGGAAUAGGAGAAACGUUCUAUCGUCUUCUUCGCGGUCCAGACCCAGCACAUCCCAGAACACUAUACGAAGGUAUCUCAAGGAUGUAUCGAGGACUCGGUAUCAGCGCUUUACGAAGUAUAACGACCCAUGGUCUCCUUUGGACUUUCUUCGAUCUCGUUGCUGGGUAUAUCGAUCGUCUUCCGCCUUCGUGCAGGGAAUAGGGAAGAACGUGCAUGUAUAUCUCUUCCUCUUCUCCUCUUCCUUUUUUCAUGUCGUAUCUCUCUGUUCGUUAUUUUCAUAUCUGUCUGCACCAAGCAUACCGGAAAAACUCUUUGACUUGACACAUCUGAUCAUACUUGAUUUUUCGUCGUCGUCGUCGUCGUUGUUGAGACGCCCCCUGUCCGCAAGUCUUAUUAUAUUAGACUCAUUUGUUCAUAUUUCAUCAUUUCAUUUCAAAGCCAAUUUUCUUUCUCCUCUUUCUCUUUUCUUCUUUUAUUUUCAACCACUUCCCAAAUUCCUUUUCUUUUCUCUUUUGUUUUUUCGUUCGCUGCGAACUUUCACCUUGACUUGACCUUGAAGAACUUGACAUAUCUCUUUCCCUGAUUGAUAGCGUUUUUCUUUCUUUCUUGAACAACCAAC